CUCAGUACCUAAAACAAUGAAAGGCACUCUUUGGUGCUUAUGGGUCUGGUACCUGCAUGCUACAACAGCAUUUUCGCACUACGUUUUUGCCCAUGUGUCGCACAAUGGGGGGCCAUUGAGCAAGGCAUGGCAAUUCAUUCGAAAAAUUGAGCCCGGGUGGGCGCAAUGCGAGCGAUGCGGAUCAGGCGAAUAUAACCCAUACUUCGACAUCUACGACAACAAUUUUCGGUGUGGGCGUGGGGCUGCCACGUCGGGGCGGGGCGUUGAGACUUUGACAGUCAAUGCCGGCGAUCAUCUCGCUUUCUUUUCGACACUUACAAGCACCGAUAUCGAGAUAUUUCACGAAGGGCCUGGCCUAGCAUAUCUCUCUAAGCCAGACUCGGGUGAGUUGGAGGACUAUUCGGGAGAUGGAGACUGGUUCAAAAUACAAGCGCAUGUAGCAAACAAGGCUGGGAAAUGGGCGUUGCAGGGACAGAAAUCGAUGAACUUUACGAUUCCGAAGUCGACCCCUCCAGGAAAAUAUCUCAUGAGAGUUGAGCACAUCUAUCCCUACGACGCGACGUUUAAUUCGACACAGUUCUAUCUGAGCUGUGCACACAUUGAUAUCAAGGGACCGGGAGGUGGUACACCAAAACCGACGGUGAAGUUUCCGGGUGCAUACGACCUAUGGGAGCCUGCACUAUGGGUGCCAUAUCGCUUCACUUCAUUCCCAGUCGCUGCGAAAGAUGUUUCUGGUUACGUUCCACCGGGCCCGCCAGUUUGGAACGGAUGAAUUUUCAAGGAAACCGAUCGUUGGUUGACUCUUUGAAUGGCAAUUCAUAACAAUACAAAUCACUUCUGUGCAAUUGAAUAGAUGCUCUGUGAGAUUGAAGCACUGAUCGAACAAUCUGAAUAUUGAAUAGGGUUCGAAAUUGAGGGAGUCAGAUUAUGACCUAUAAAUACAUGCCCGCUUACGCCCGUUAAGCGAUUAUCAUAUCUAUAAAGUACGGGGUUCGUGUUCCGGGCUAGACCUGCAUCUAGCCAGGCUGAAUACGACGGAUCACUUCGUGUUCACCCACAUAAUAGAAG